AUGCACGCCACAGACUCGGAAAGUAUAAUAUCUAUCAUCUCCCCACGUAAGCUCCACGAUUCUGUCACACAGGUCGACAAUCCUAGCCUCGCCUCCUGCCCAUGGUCCUAUUCCAGCCCUCACAGCGUCCGGGUCAGACCACAGGAUGUGGAACGUUUCUUGAACUUCUUGGAAAGCGAUCCUCGGCGACACGAAUGCGACGCGGUGCAAGAGCUGGAAAUAUCAAACUUUCCCGUGAUGGUCGCUUGUUGUGACUUCGAUUCUGUCCUUGUAAAAUUUGCCGAUGUGACCGAGGUCUCUACGUCGACUUUGUACACUGUCGUUUCCAAGCUGCCUUCGCUCAAAAAAAUCUUCCUCGACGAGGUGUCACUAUUAGGCGACACUUCCCAUGUCUCGGAACGUCCUCGCCCCGUGCUUGAUAGCUUUCGCCUCCGAUUCGAGGAUCCGUCCUGCACCACCUAUGGUCUUCUCCAACUCAUCGGAUUCUUUUCCGAGAUUCGCGAGCUGUCCUUCGAGGCACCAAAGGUGGAUUUCUAUGGACAAUUGGGGGAAAUGUUGAAGAAUGUCUUGAACAAAUUCUCUUCGCCUGUUUGGCCUUGGUGGAGCGUACGUGAUUCUGAGUCCCCUCCCUUGGCCGUCAUACGCGUAUUCACACUGAAAUUGGGCGAAUACGCGGGUUUCUCCCUUGCUCUGCAUGCUCUCCUGAAAGUGUCCAGAAUCGAGGCCCUCAUUAUUGUUUCUCAUACCAGUCACACUGCGCAACAUAUCAGAGAUCUCGCACAGUUACUCCAGGAAGCCAUACCAAGUGUCCAAGACUGGAUGUUGGAUUUUGAUGCCACUGCUCUGGUAUUCAAAUCUGGUCUGGUUCCGAGCGCCACUUGGGACGUCUUGAAGCUUCCCUCACGCACUAGUCUUCGUGAACUCUUCUUUACCGUGUUGUUCUCCCAACACCACGACGUUGCUGCGCCUGUUGACAUUAGCGCUUGGAUUGUCUACAUUGACAUACUCUCACUGGCGCCCCAGACUGUUCGACAUAUCGGCUUUACACUGAAGUUCACCGGCGUAUUGGCGGACCAGCUGAGGAAUGUGGAUUGGAACAGGAUGCAUGGCGUGUUGCAAGCACUCAAAGGCUUGGAGACGGUGGAGUUCAAGUUCCGCAAACUCGACAACAACGUUGACAUGAGUGCACCUGACGUGCACAACAGCUGUGAUACCAUCAGAAACGCCCUUCCGACGAACAGUUUCACUGUGACUGUCAAUAAUUCCAAGUAG